CUCCAACUUCCUGGCGGACCACCGGCGGCGUGCUUGUUAUCGAUUCGGAGCGCUACCCGUCAUGGCCGCUAACGUCAACAGCUUUAUCCGCGUGCGCCUAUACUUUGACUAUCCGCCGCCUGCCGCCAUCGACUGUCGCAUGUGCUGGCUGCUCGUGGACUUGAAUACUUGUCGCGUGGUGGCGGAUCUGGAGAGCACCAUCAGAGAGAAGUUCGAGUUCAGCCCCAGGAGCAUCCUGAACCUCUUCAUUGAAGACUGCUACCUGCCGCACACUGAGCGAAUCUUUGUGGUGCGGGACAACGACAGCGUCAGGGUGAAGGUGGACUCUCUGGCUCAGGUGAACGGGCACAUCAGCUCUCCAGAUACAUCAAGUAAAAACUGCAGAAAGAGACAGAGACCCGCAGAGGAGGACGGACAGGGAGAAAAUGGAGUGAGCGUGGAAUGUAAGCAAAAAAAGAGGAAAAAAAGGAGCGAGGAGAGUCUGGGGGGGGGCGCCAAGCAGGCGUCAGGUGAUGAGAAGAAUAAGAAGUCACAAGGAAAGCACACAGAGAAGAAGAAGAAGAAGAAGAAGGCAGAGAAAAAUGGCCCUGCUGCCAUCCCUAAACCAGCUGUGUCUACCAAAAAAACCCCAACUGGUGUCGAUCAGCCAGUCAAAAGCACCAAGAAGCCGCCAGCAGCACACAUAAAAACACACAGUGUCUCCUCUUCAGAUUCCAGUAGCAGCAGUAGCGAGGAAGAUGAAGCUCCGAAAAAGCUUCCUGCCUUAAAACCAGCACCCAAAACACACUUGUCCACCUGUGCUGCUUCCAAGGCACCACUAGACACCAAACCCACUCAGAAAAAAUCACACCCUACCUCGUCAUCCUCUUCAGAAACUGACUAUUCCUCUGAUGAGGCCCCCAGUGUAAAAAUCCCGCCCAAAAACAAAACUUUAACCUCCACAUCUCCAAAAAGUAGAAUAGACGAUAAGUCAAAAUCUCAGCAGGCCUCUGUUCUGCAGAGCACAAACUGUGCACAGAAACAGGCUACCAGCAUAGCCCUGCCUCCCGAUGACAAAGUUGUGGAGCCUUGUAACUCAGUCAGUGAGGAGGAAAUCGAGCUGGUUAUCCGACAACCGAUGCAGCAGCCAGGACGUGGUGUGAGUAGUCGGUCACCUUGGAGAGGCUGCAGCCGGGGAAGAACCAGGCGUGGUGGUCCUGGAGAUAGGGGCAGGGGUGAAGGUAGAGGGGUCAUCAGGGGGCACACUGGCAGCUUUGAGUUCAGCUUUAAUGGAGCCAAGGAGCCGUGCUACCAGACCGAUUCGCUGACCAACAUGUCCAUGGUCCUCCAGAAUGGAGCAGAAAGUGCCCCGAAAAAAGAUUACAGCUCUAUGCCCCUGCUAGCUGCCCCUCCACAGGUGGGGCAGAAGAUUGCUUUUAAGCUGCUGGAGCUAGCUGAGAACUAUACGCCAGAGAUAUCAGAAUACAAGGAGGGAAAGAUUAUGAGCUUUGACCCAACAACCAAACAGAUUGAGCUGGAACUACUUAAUGCCUCUCAAGCUCAUGUAGAGCCUGGGAAGUUUGACCUGGUCUAUCAGAAUCCUGAUGGCUCGGAGAGAGUCGAGUACGCUGUGCCCAGAGGUGCUUGGGUGACAGAAAGGUGGGACUCCCUGUUGGAACCAAGGCUGGUCAUUUAAAUCUGACAAAACAGUGAAUUUAUACAUCCACUUGGUUUGGCAAAAUUGAUUUGCCUUUUUUUUUUUUUUUUU